CCUGUCCCUGCCUGCAGAGAACUUAAGACAGUCGAUUUACAUAGAAUUUACCAUGUUGAGUUUAACCAUGGUUCAUUCAUUCACUGAACAGUUGAACAACUGGUUUUUGAACACAUUUUGAGGACUAGAAUGAAAAUAAGGGACAGUUAAUAUGGUAUCACAUUUCCUAGAGAUAGUGGAAUGAAACAGGUAGAGUUAAUUCUAUCACAGAAAAAUCCAGAGGCCUGUGGUCACCACAUGUGCAGCUCAGAACUCACAGCCCUUUUCAGUUUGCCUGCUGGGCUCGCUCGACCUCGGCCAGAGGCUUUUAACCAACCCCACAGGGUUCAACUGAAGUGUGACAGGACCCUGGGGAAGAGUCAGGAGACUGUGGUCCUUCACCCAGGAGCAUGCCUCCUGGGCCACCAACAGUCUUUGACAGGUCUGUAGAAUAGAUUAUUAAUAGUAUUUAGAUAGUUCCCUUUGGAGUAGGUUGAACAGCCAGUUGGGAGAGGAUAAGACAGUUGUUUAAAGGUACACAGUAGGCUCUGAACGUUUGCUUUUGAGGUUUUUUUGUUUGUUUGUUUAUCUUGCCCAUCUAGCUUUAGAAUGUUCCUUGUAAAAUGAACAUUAAAACCAGAGUGCAAUACCAGAAUGGCUAAAAUGGAGAAGAAAAAAUAUGCAAUUUUACUUGUACUCUACUGGUGGGAAUGGAAAUUGGUACAGCCACUUUGGAAAACCAUUUGACAGUAACUACUAAAUUGAACAUCAGCAUCUCCUGUGACCCAGGAACUCCACUCCUGUUUGGUACCCAGUAGAACUACAUGCAUAUGUUUUCCAGAUGACAUGCACAAGAAGAUUUGUAGCAACAUGAUUUGUUAUAACCCAAGACUGGAGACUACUUAAGUGCCCAUCAACAGUAGAAAUGAUAAACUGUAUCCUGUUCACAUGGACCACUGUACAGCAGUGAGAACGAAGAAACUACCACCAUAGGCCACAGGACAGUGAAUCUCACAAACAUAAUCUCGCAUGAACACAGGCACAAGAAAACCUACUGUACGAAUCCGUUGAUAUAAAGUACAAACCCAGGCAAACAGCCAGUUCUGGGCGCUACAUCUUAUCCUUCGUUGGCUGCGGUCUGGCCAUCGUGGGCACCUACUUGCUGGUGACAUUUGCACCCAACAGUCACGAGAAGAUGACAGGCGAGAACAUCAUCAGACACCUUGUGAGCUGGCCUUUUCUCCUAUACAUGCUCGUGGAGAUCAUCCUCUUCUGCUUGCUGCUGUACUUCUACAAGGAGAGGAAUGCCAACAACAUCGUUGUGAUUCUCCUCUUGGUGGCGUUACUUGGCUCGAUGACCGUGGUGACGGUGAAGGCUGUGGCCGGGAUGCUCAUCUUGUCCAUACAGGGGAACCUGCAGCUCGACUACCCCAUCUUCUAUGUGAUGUUCGUGUGCAUGGUGGCCACUGCCGUCUAUCAAGCCGCGUUUUUAGGUCAAGCCUCACAGAUGUACGACUCCUCUCUGAUUGCCAGUGUGGGCUACAUUCUCUCCACUACCGUGGCUAUCACAGCAGGCGCCAUCUUCUACCUGGACUUCCUCGGGGAGGACGUGCUGCACGUCUGCAUGUUUGCACUGGGGUGCCUCAUCGCGUUCUUGGGCGUCUUCUUAAUCACACGUAACAGGAAGAAGGCCAUUCCCUUUGAGCCCUACAUUUCCAUGGAUGCCAUGCCAGGUAUGCAAAACAUGCAUGACAAGGGGAUGGCCGUCCAGCCUGACCUCAAAGCUUCUUUUUCCUAUGGGGCCCUGGAAAACAACGACAACAUUUCUGAGAUCUAUGCUCCCGCCACACUGCCCGUCAUGCAGGAAGAACACGGCUCCAGAAGCGCGUCUGGGGUUCCCUACCGUGUCCUGGAACACACCAAGAGGGAGUGAGCCCACCUGGGAGGAGACUCACCUUUCCUCCAUUUACAGCUGCUCUAGCCAUGCUGACAGCGGUUCAACCCUUAAUUCUAAAACUUGCCUUUCAAGUCUUAUUUUUUAAAUCCAAGAACUCUGUGGAUCUGGAAGAGCCUUUGUCUCUGGCAAAGGGUAGAUUAUGUUGGUCUUGGAAAUUUUAAAUGAUAAGAGUGGGGGUGGGGGGCUGAAAGCAGUAUUCUAGGUGGGCCGUAUAGCAUUCAGCCUCUGCCUGGUUUAGCCCAACCAGAUUUGGAAAGUCUUCAUCAUCCUUGACAGUGGUAACUUGGCUUCCCCAGUCAGUGACCAAAGGUGGCCACAUUCUUCAGAGCUAAAGCAAGGCAGAGAUUCUGCCCUUACUUUCCAAAUCCAUUGAAAGGCUGAAAACCUCCAAAUCUAGUCUUCCCUCACCUUAUGUGCAGAUGUGAUCUCUACCCACCUUGCUCUGGAUUCUGUACUUGUGAUAACCAUGGUGUCACCUUCACAUGGCAUGGUGAGCCAGCCCUGGGUGUAACAUCCCGUCGCUCGCCUGUAAGAAAUGCACAUCUGCUUUCUGAUUGUCUGUGAAAAUGUGCUCGAUGUGUUUACAAUGGAUGAUCCACUCUGAAAACUAAUUUGGUUUUGGUUCUACGAACUACUUGAUUGUUUUUUUCCCCUCAAAGGAACUGAGAAAUUAAGAGAAGGAAGGGGAAGAAUAAGAAAGACAGGAGCAGGAGUGAUGAGACUUCAGCCCAUACAGGAAGAAAAACCCCUUUUCAUUUUACGAGAGGUGAUUGCAUCACUUCUAAGAGGACAAAUAAUCUGGCUGUUUCGUGUGUAUUUUUCUGCACACCAGUGCCCUCUGGGAAAACUGAGGGUGCUUAUUUCAGAGACAGCCUCACUCACCUCUUCUCCAUCCUCUCCUUUAUAGAUCGACGAAGCAAGCUUGAAUCGUUGAUUAAUUUCCAUGGGGUUGGUAGACUCUUUGGGUCCUUGUCCCCGUCCACAUACAUCUGGAGGAAGCAGGCAUCCUCAGAAAUGGGGCUGCUGCUGGCUGGCUGGCUGGCUGGCUGGCUGGCUGGCUGGCUGGCUGGCUGGCUGCGUACACGAUCGUCUUCCCCUAGACUCACUGUAUACUUUUGAGAAUGGCAGGUAAAGGUCUGCAAACUUUAACAAAAAUAAGGAUCCCCUAGGGAGUUUAUUUAAAAUACAGAUUCCUACAACCCAACCAUAGAUACUCUGAUUAAGUGGGACUGGGACCAGGUCCUAGAGUCUGCAUGCUUAACUGGCAGCACAGGUGAUUCUGAGGCAGGUAAUCCAAGAAUCACACACCUUGAAAGCCUAAUAAUUGAAAGAGACGGUCCGCUGAAAGCCCGACACACCCCUGCUGGAAAGUUGGAAUUACCAUUCCUUGUUUCCUCCUGGGGGUUCAUUUGGCAGGCCAAAUAAUCCCCAUAGGAUCCGUGGCAUUUCUCCAUCCAGCGAUUACUUCUUAGAAGUACACUUCCUGCUCCUCUAGGCAGCCUGGAACUAACCGGCAAGGUGACAGUGUUCAUAGACCAGUGUUGAUAGAUUCUUAACCUUUACGGAUUGUUCUCCAUACUGAUUGAGUACCUUGACUUCAAAACCGGUGUCUGUCGCCUGCGGUGACCACUUCUGUAUUGUGUCUCACAUGCCUAAGAAGGCAACAGACAAUGACUUUUUUUUCCCCUUUAGAAUAGGUAUCAAGUCAAUUCAGCAAUAUUUGUGAGGCAUUUACUAUGUGUUAAGCAUUUGGACAGUGAGAGCUACAGGUAAUAAGACCUGGUGUCUGCCUUCCAGGCCAGCAGCGGGAGAUACAAAUACCCAGUCAGCUGUGGCAGGGCAGGCCAGGUGCAGUAGUGGACCACAGACAGUGAUGGUUAUGGAGGCCCUGCUGGAGGUCAGGCCCUGAGCCCGGAACUGGGGAUUCAGAAUUGGAGAUGAUUUGGGCUCCACUCAUCGAAGGGUGGCAAAUCUAGCUAAGAUGUGAGCAAAGCAUGGAAGUGGAGUGAUCACCCCCAGGCAGAGGGGCUGGCAUUUGCAAAGGCACAGAGAUGGGUUGCCAGGGGGAGGGGGUGGGGGGGGGCUGUAAAGGAAGAGCCAGAGUAGGUGAUGGGAAAUACUCCUGGAAAGAUAAGCAGUGGAGGUAGAAUCAUGGAGGACUUGAAGGCGUGGCCGAGGAGUUUAAAGCGUAUCCUAGAGAACACAGGAGCCAUUGAUGUUUCAUGGGGAAGAGAAUGGCAGGAUCUGCACUGAUGGGAAAGGAGCCCCCUAUGCAGUGUGGAGGAAGACUCUGAAGGGGAAAUGAAAGUCAUUUUUCAAGGUCAGGCUGCACGCCUGUAAGAACAAAACACGAAAAGGGAAUUAAAAUCCAAUUUUGCUGCUAUUCAGAUGUUCCCAGUGAUGUUUCUAACGUGGACCAAGAGGGGGUGUGAGAGCAGAGUGGAUAAAAGAAAGGUGAGUGGGGAGGCCAUUUAAAAGAGGCAAACCCAGGUGAGCAUUUGGCAGCUUAUGUGCUCCCAGCCUUCCUGUGCCCCCUUCCCUUUGUUUUGUGAUGGGUCUUUGACACUGGAGUCAGGCAGGAGUGAUGAAUGGAUAAAAGUGCAUUGUAACCUCAGGUCAGCUGAUGAUCACGGGUUCCGUGCCGCCCAGGCGCUGCUGCUGGGGCCUGGGCAGCUCGCCUGCCUCCAGGUUUAGGGCAAUGGCACCAUCCUACGAGGCUGAGUUCAGGAAGGCUGCGCAGAGCUGCAUGGUGGCUGCUGGAGUGGAAGCAGGGUAGGAGGCCUGGGUCCCGGGAAGAACAGCUGAGGUGGAGCCAUGGUCCCCAGAAUUCUGACUCUGUCUUGGGCUGGCGUCUCCCAGUCUUUGUCCCUGAGUGUAAAUGGACUGUUUGCUGGUGGCAGAUAAGCAGCACUUGCUGUUAGGAUGGGGGGACAAGGACAUCAACUUUCCACUCACCGCCCUGACUCUGUUUUUCUUGUGGUUCUCACAUCCCCAAGCCCUCUCGAAGGCUCCAAGCAACAUUACAUAUCCUGCCUUCAUCUCCCUCCUCGCAGCCAGUACCUAAGGCAAGGUGACCAAACUUGGGUUUCAACUUUCCAGUUGUUCUCUGGUUUCCUCUCCCCGCCCCACUCUGUUUGCCUCUUCUAAAGGCUGGGAUUCUGGGGUCCCUAAUCAGGCAUUAAAACCAGUUCUUCAUAGACGGGCGCCUGCAGCUUUUGAAGAGAGCUUAACCCCACUCCACCCGCCCUCACCCCUCCCAUGAAGCUGCAGGUCUGACGACGCCAUCACAUGAAGCCUCAGGUCAGGGCAGGGUUGUGCAGGAUGGAAUGGAACACUGGGUAGGCAAAGGGGGAUUGACAUCUCCCUUGCUUUUCUGGUGGAAACCAGGCAGCUUGAUGGCACAGUGUGGAGACAAGACGUCCAUCGGGAUAGUGUUGGGGAACCUCUAACCUGCAGCCUUGUGAAUUCCAAAUCUGGUCCAACACUGGCAAAAAAUUUUACUGUGUGUUUCUCUGAGAAGCUGUGUAAGUGAAGUCACCUUAGAAUAUAUUCUAUGUGGAUGCUCACAUUUUGUUAAUUUAGUGACUAAUAUAUGGCAUGUCUUAUUUUUCAAAAAAAUGUGUGUGCUAGGUACAAAUAACAUUAUGAAGUGGUAUUUAAUUAAAAAAAUCCAUGUGA